GCCAGGGCUGCACGAGCCGCGGAUUUCUGCUUUGUCAUCCUGACUCUGGCUUUCUGCCACCGCUCGGCUCACACAAGGGCGUGGCUUCCCGUAGCCACCGGGAACCUGCAGCGGCUCCACUGUUCGCUUCAGUCCCGCAUUGCAUCGGAGCGGAGCGGAGCGGACGGUGCGGGACACCUGAAGGAGGGCCCGAGGCCCGGGAGCGCGUGUGCAUGCUUAUCAAGAGGGCAGACUUCAAAAGCUACUAAAAAUGAAUGGCUCUGAGGAUCUUCCCGGGACCUACGACUAUGAUCUCAUCAUCAUUGGAGGGGGCUCAGGAGGACUGGCAGCCGCUAAGGAGGCAGCCAAAUAUAACAAGAAGGUGAUGGUCCUGGAUUUUGUCACUCCAACUCCUCUUGGAACUAAAUGGGGUCUCGGAGGAACAUGUGUGAAUGUGGGAUGCAUACCGAAGAAGCUGAUGCACCAAGCAGCUUUGUUAGGACAAGCCGUGCGAGACUCUCGGAACUAUGGAUGGAAUGUUGAGGAGACAGUUGGACAUGACUGGGGGAAAAUGACCGAAGCCGUGCAGAAUCACAUUGGCUCUCUGAACUGGGGCUACCGCGUGGCUCUGCGGGAGAAGAAAGUCACCUAUGAGAAUGCAUAUGGGCAGUUUGUGGGUCCUCAUAGGAUUAAGACAACGAAUAACAAAGGCAAAGAAAAAAUUUAUUCAGCAGAGAGAUUUCUCAUUGCUACCGGUGAAAGGCCACGUUACUUGGGCAUCCCUGGUGACAAAGAAUACUGCAUCAGCAGUGAUGAUCUUUUCUCCUUAUCUUACUGCCCGGGCAAGACCCUGGUGGUCGGAGCAUCCUAUGUCGCUUUAGAAUGUGCUGGGUUUCUUGCUGGCAUUGGUUUAGAUGUCACUGUUAUGGUACGAUCCAUUCUCCUUAGAGGAUUUGACCAGGACAUGGCCAACAAAAUUGGUGAACACAUGCAAGAACAUGGUGUCAAGUUUAUAAAACAAUUUGUACCAAUAAAGGUUGAACAAAUUGAAGCAGGGACACCAGGCCGACUCAAGGUGGUAGCUAAGUCCACCAAUAGUGACGAAGUCAUCGAAGGAGAGUACAAUACGGUAUUGCUGGCAAUAGGAAGAGAUGCUUGCACAAGAAAAAUUGGCUUAGAAGCCGUGGGUGUAAAGAUAAAUGAAAAGAACGGAAAAAUACCUGUCACGGAUGAAGAGCAGACCAAUGUGCCUUACAUUUAUGCCAUUGGCGAUAUUCUGGAGGGGAAGCCGGAGCUCACCCCCGUAGCCAUCCAGGCGGGAAGGUUACUGGCUCAGAGGCUCUACGCUGGCUCCACUGUCAAGUGUGACUAUGAAAAUGUUCCAACAACUGUAUUUACUCCUUUGGAAUAUGGUGCUUGUGGUCUUUCUGAAGAAAAAGCUGUGGAAAAAUUUGGGGAAGAAAAUAUUGAGGUUUACCAUAGUUACUUUUGGCCAUUGGAAUGGACGGUUCCAUCAAGAGAUAGCAACAAAUGCUAUGCAAAAAUAGUCUGUAAUACGAAAGACAAUGAACGUGUUGUGGGCUUCCACAUACUGGGUCCAAACGCCGGAGAAGUUACACAAGGCUUUGCAGCCGCGCUCAAGUGUGGACUGACCAAGCAGCAGCUGGACAGCACCAUUGGGAUCCACCCCGUCUGCGCAGAGGUAUUCACGACGCUGUCGGUGACCAAGCGCUCCGGGGGGAGCAUCCUGCAGGCUGGCUGCUGAGGUUAAGCCCCAGUGUGGAUGCUGCCGCCAAGACUCCAACCCACUGAGGUGUUUCCUUGCCCAAGUCCAAGGGGAAGUUUUCAGGAAGCUUCUUUGGCUUCGACACCUAUGUGUCCUGGGCCUGUAUCACCCGAGGCACCCUUGGAUCUUAUGGGUAGGAGGUGGUGAGUGGAAGGCGGGCAGCAUCACACUGGGGUCACCAUGACGGACUCGAAACUGACCUUCGGCAGUGCAUCGUAGGGUGCGUCCAUGAAGUCACUGGCCUGAAGCCCCCGCGGUGGGCCGUGAUGGAAUUACUGGCGAAGCAGUUUUCGCAAGACUCUUUCUGUGGGUUUCUUAUCCCCUUUGCCAAGCUUCUGUUGUUGAUUACUGUUUUCUAUUUUCUCCAAGGUGUUAAUGAUACUAGAGAUGAAAAAAAAUGUUAGCACUCGAUUUUUGUCCAAAGCAAGUCUUGGCUCGCGUAUGCUCAUGGCUGCCUUGUUGCUGGGAGGCAUGGUUUGGCUCACUUGGAGGCUGAUAGGCUCGUCCCAUGAUCCAGUACUGCCCUGAGAUUCAAAUGUUCUGUUCUACUCGACUGACCCAUUCAGUGUCUCCCCUAACAGGUUACAUGUUCAAGCAAGUAAAUGUGUGGUGGACUCUGGCCAAAUCUGCCCCCUGUGUUCCAUCACUAGUUACUGUUUUUCGUUCUACUUAGGAGAGGAAAUGGCUACUUAGCCAGCCCAGCUGGGCGAUAUUCCACUGCACGGACCUGACUGGUCCAGUACGAUCGCUGUCAUUAUUCAUCAUGGAGGCAGAUGUGCUCCUUAAAUGGGGAAAAACAAUACAUGUCUUUAUUGAGUGUGUUGCAUGCUGGUCUAAGUGAGCUGAAAUGCUUAAUACUUGUUUAAAACAUUUUUUUUUUCAGGGGGGUAGCUUUAGCUUUAAGCUAAAAGCACAAAAUGUCAUGGCUUUAUUUUUCAUGUAUUUUACGUAUCUGUCCCUUGCUAAGAACUACAUUUAUAGGAAAAUGGGUCUUUCCACACUACCAUUUAACUCUUUUGUUGUACUUUUUUAAGGAAGCUCAUCAUAUAUCAUAAGUUAUUAUUUUUGAACACAGGUGGAUGUGAAGGAUUUUUGUUUAAAAACCAAAUGGUUUUGAUACUUCUGUUGAGUGUAUGACUGUACCUGGUGGGGUUUUAGCGGAAGUGUCUGUGCUUCAUUAACAUUCCAACUUGUGUUACCAAGAGGCGGUAUCCACGGUUACAGACUCCUGUGUGAAUGUGCUGACUGAGGAUCAUACUCAGGCAUCUUCUCACUAUGUAAGUUGGGUUUAAAUGUGUGCUGUGGCCAUCAGGCCUCCCACCAGCAGUCCUGUGGCUCCUGUUUCACUCCCUCCCCUCUGCUGGUAUCUGUCAGCUACAACACCGAGUAGUUGAUUCCAAGUACAUUUCUCGUCACCUCAGGGAACCCCUGCGUGUGCCUGGCAUUCCAUCACAGAGCAUAACCCUCCACAGGGCCCUGCCUCGUGCCCUCAUCCCACCUGGUUAUGAUGAAAAUGAGAAAAGGAAAAACAGAAAGGGAAAUUGAGGCAGUUGACAUCUAAUUUUAUUUAUUUUUUAAUAUGUUUUGUCUCCAAGUCUGCCAGUCUCUGAAAUUUGAACACGAGGCAGUGAGAGAGGAUUGUGCUGAAUCAUGUGGUUCUCCCUGCUCAGUGGAAUGGAAGGUUCUGCCCCCACAAGAAGGAUUGUACUUUAUGGACUUGUCUUGUUUAGAUUCUGUACUUGCCCAUUGUAUUAAAACAUAUUAAGUUCUAUGUAUUUUUGUUAAAAUUCUUCUGGAAAAAAAAAAACACAUACAAAAAACAAAAAAUCUAAACACCAAUGUGAACCAUUAAAAGGUAUUGAUAACCCA